GGUAUAUGGGUACGUUUUGGCUUUUGACAGUAUACCGAAUUGUGGCUUUCUGCCUUAUUUCUCAGUCCUUUUUAAAACAUGAAAAAACAUUUAUUCUAUUGUGUGGGUAUAUAACAUGGUGUAGAACCACAGUUAAUCACUGUACUACAUUUUUUGCUGUUUCCAGUAAUAGGAUUUGCAUGCAUAUAUUGUGUGAAACUGAAUCAUCUGCACUGCUGCAAUCUGUGAGCAGAAACAACCAAUUGUAGGAGAACCGUGGGCAUAACCUGGUGUUAAUUGUUCCAGCAUUAGCAGCAAGGGGGGUUCUUUCUGUCCCUGCAUUCCUUUAAGACCCCAAAGUAGAUCUGAAAAAGAAAUUGGUGAUUGUGUAGUUAAUGAAACUCUGUCCUUUGUCUGCAUUGAGGGUAUGAUUAAGUGAGGGUUGGAUACCAGCUGCAUCAGCUGAGGUACAGCUUCAGCAUGUUCUUUGCUAGUGUGUCAUCACCCAUCUCUAGUUUUAGUGGAAGUCUGAGGUAUUCAUAGUACUACAUGCACAGAAGGUGCCAUCCCAUAGCUGUACCUCUUUAUAGCUCUGUUAGCUACUAGGAGAAUACUCCUUUUAAUGAUAAUUUGCUUUCCUUGCAGAAAUUCUAAUUUAAGUUAAAAUAAUAGUCUUUGCAUUGAAUUUUCGGUGUAGCAUAAUAUGUAAUAGGUUUGGGCAUCUAAUUAUAUAAUCUGAAAACAAAUUAGACUGCUUAUUGAGAAGAAGGGAAAGCGCAGCUUGUUCUGUAAUCCAAGAUUGAUGUAAUUUAAGAUAAUUUUUCAUAACCAUUUAUGUUGAAAAAAAGGAUUACCUGAGUGUGAAGGCUGGAAAUUGUAAAGGAUUGCAUUAGUUCUGAAAUCGCAAUAUUAAAUUAGCAGUCAUGGUCCAGAGCUGUAUAUUAUUUUGUAACGGCAAGUAUUUGUUAGCUACCCUAAGAGUUUCAGAUGGCUGUGACCAUAAUUGAGGAGUGCUGGAGCACUGCAUGAAGGUUCUGGAACUGCUCUGUAAUUCUUGCAAAUGUGAAAUAAUUUGAUUUUUAGCCAAAGCCUAAAACUACAUUGAAAUUUGGUUGUCUGGCUGGAAUUGGGUUGGUUAAAUCCUAGACUGUUUUCCUCAUGGAUAAUAUUUGACUUGUGUUUUUAUAGUACUGGCUGCUCUAUGGACCUAACUUACUCUGUUACGGCACUAUUGAGAAAUGAUUUUGGGGAAUUCCUUGGCUUUGCAAGAAGAGUGUUAUGUCAUUGUCCCCAGGAGUUAGUAUUGCUGAUGUAACAAUUUGAGAGAAGUAGGUUUGAUCAAACAAUAUAUGGAGACAAUGUGGAAAGGAUGAUAGUGACACCAGGUGAUACAAGUUCUUUGGUUCUUUUGUAUUCUCAGUUAAGUUGAAACCUCCUUGGGGUGGAUCCGUGACUUUUUCUUGAAAUUACCAUCAUUGUGGACCACUUCUUGCUUCCUUCGCUUGAGGAUUUGAAGAGUAUAAAAGAAGGAAUGAUCUGCUCAGUUCCUUCCUUGACAAUGAAGAUGCAGUAAGCAUGGAUUGUGUUUUCCACAUUUCUCACCUUUAAGAUUAUUUGUUACCCUGUUUUGUAUUUUUUCAUAUAAACCCCCCCCCAAAGACAGAGUUGUACCCACCUGGCAUUUGUGGCGUGGCCUGCACAGAAUAGGAAUUCUGCAUCACCUGCUGGAGCAAAGGCAUUUAACAUGGUCAUGCUAAAGGAGGUAAAGCAAUGUAGCACUACAACUGACUUUUCACAUCAUCUCAUCUUGGUGGCCUCCAGCCUGGCUUGAACAACAUCUGGAGCUUCGGUUUCCACGCGCAGACUGCCUGGUGCUGGACUGACGCAGUAGAGACCACCUGAUUCUGUGGGUCAGCCCUGUGCAGCGUGACCCUAGGCACUGACAGAGUGCCAGCAUCUCCCUCGCAAUGGCAACUUGGUUUGGUGCCAAGGAUCCAGCGCUGUCAGUUCUGUUGUCUGUGAAUGAUCUUGGCUGACUAUGGAUCCAGGUGGUGGAAGUCUUGGAUUGCAAACACAAGAAUCCAAAAUGCCUCACACUAUGAUUAUGCAGGAUUUUGUGGCUGGAAUGGCUGGCACUGCUCAUAUUGAUGGAGACCAUAUUGUUGUAUCAGUUCCUGAAGCUGUCCUAGUUUCUGAUGUUGUUACCGAUGAUGGAAUAACUCUUGAUCAUGGCUUAGCAGCUGAAGUUGUCCAAGGACCUGACAUCAUCACUGAAACUGAUGUUGUAACAGAAGGUGUAAUUGUUCCUGAUUCUGUUUUGGAAGCUGAUGUUGCUAUUGAAGAAGCUUUAGAUACCAGUGAUCAUGUUUUGACUUCUGAUCUAAUAACAGAAACGGUUAGAGUUCCCGAUCAGGUUUUUGUGGCUGAUCUUGUAACGGGUCCUGAUGGACAUUUGGAGCAUGUGGUGCAAGACUCUGUGUCAGGAGCCAACUCACCAACGAUGGUUUCAGAAGAAGUUCUCGUAACGAACUCGGAUUCUGAAGCAGUCAUUCAAGCAGCUGGUACUGUUCCUGGCUCCACAGUGACUAUAAAAACAGAAGACGAUGAUGAUGGCAAGAGCACAUCUGAGGACUACUUAAUGAUAUCUUUGGAUGAUGUUGGAGAAAAAUUGGACCAUAUAGGAAGCACUCCCUUGAAAAUCAGCACUGAGGUGGCAAAUGAUGAUGUUGCUAAAGAUGACGGGUUUGGUUCAGAAGUCAUCAAAGUCUACAUAUUUAAAGCUGAAGCUGAAGAUGAUGUCGAAAUAGGUGGGACAGAAAUCGUCACAGAGAGCGACUUUCACAAUGGACAUUCUGUAGCUGGAGUAAUUGAACAAGGAGGUGUUGGUAGAAUGCAGCGAGAAAAAAUGGUUUACAUGGCUGUGAAGGACUCUUCUCAGGAAGAUGAAGAUAUUAGCUGUGCUGAAAUAGCAGAUGAAGUUUAUAUGGAAGUCAUUGUAGGUGAAGAAGAAGCCACGCCACUUCCAGACACACAGCUCGAAGACUCCAGCGUGAAUAAAACCUUUGUCCCUGUUGCUUGGGCUGCUGCUUACGGAGAUGAAAGAAGGUUACCCAGAAGAUACGAAGAUGGUCAAGCGGCAGGAAAUAACUUGGAUACACGAUUAGAAAACAAAAACGGUAAUGCAACACAAUACCUGCAGAUUUGUGAUAGCAUUAGCACUAAUAGAGUGCUAAAACAAAAAACCAAGAAAAGGAGGAGAGGAGAGGCCAGGCAAUGGCAAACAGCUGUUAUAAUAGGUCCUGAUGGACAGCCCUUAACAGUUUACCCUUGUCAUAUUUGUGGGAAAAAAUUUAAAUCCAGAGGAUUCUUGAAAAGGCACAUGAAGAAUCAUCCAGAUCAUAUGAUUAAGAAGAAGUACCAGUGUACAGACUGUGACUUUACAACUAACAAAAAAGUAAGUUUCCACAAUCAUCUGGAAAGCCAUAAACUUAUAAAUAAAGUUGAUAAAACGCAUGAGUUCACAGAAUAUACAAGAAGAUACAGAGAAGCAAGCCCAUUGAGUUCUAACAAACUCAUACUGAGGGACAAGGAGCCCAAGCUACACAAGUGCAAAUAUUGUGACUAUGAAACUGCAGAGCAGGGACUACUCAAUAGACACCUACUUGCAGUUCAUAGUAAGAACUUCCCUCAUGUGUGUGUGGAAUGUGGGAAAGGAUUCCGUCACCCAUCAGAGCUGAAAAAGCAUAUGAGGACCCACACUGGGGAAAAGCCAUACCAGUGUCAGCACUGUGUCUUCAGGUGUGCUGAUCAGUCCAACCUGAAAACUCACAUCAAAACCAAACACGGGACUGAUCUACCGUUUAAGUGUGAGCACUGUCCCCAGGCUUUUGCAGAUGAAAAAGAACUGCAGCAGCACACAGAACUAUUUCAAGGGCAUAAGACUCACCAAUGUCCACAUUGUGACCAUAAGAGCACCAAUUCAAGUGACCUGAAGCGACACAUUAUUUCAGUUCACACAAAGGAUUUUCCCCACAAAUGUGAGGUAUGUGAAAAAGGCUUCCAUCGUCCAUCUGAGCUCAAAAAGCAUAGUGAAACCCAUAAAGGUAAAAAAAUACAUCAGUGUAGACACUGUGACUUUAAAACGUCAGAUCCUUUUGUACUUAGCGGGCAUAUCCUCUCAGUUCACACCAAGGACCUGCCUUUUAAAUGCAAAAGAUGUAAAAGAGGAUUUAGGCAGCAGAAUGAACUUAAGAAGCACAUGAAGACCCACAGUGGAAGAAAAGUGUAUCAAUGCCAGUAUUGUGAAUAUAGCACUACGGAUGCGUCAGGCUUUAAACGACACGUAAUAUCAAUACACACAAAGGACUAUCCACAUAGGUGUGAGUAUUGCAAAAAGGGGUUCCGUAGACCAUCCGAAAAAAAUCAGCAUAUAAUGAGGCACCACAAAGAGGCCAUAAUAUGAUCUCCAGAAGGAAGCAAUUUAGAAACUGUGAUAUGCUAAUUGGGGAAAAAAAAAAUCUCAUGAACUGUUUCUCCUGGUUUCAAAGCUUGAUAUUAAACCAUAACUUUACAUUCUUUGUAUUAAAAGUCUUAAAAGUAUUAGGGUUGACAGGGGAUCUCAUAGCCCUAUGAUUGUUGCUUAUCAGAACCUAAAGAGCACUAUAGAAUGCAGAAGGAUGGAUGAAUGUCUUAAAUUUGCAGAAAGAUGGAUGAAUGUCUUUAAAUUAAUAGUAUUACACGUCGUUAAGCUAUAGAAGACAAAACAAAGGUGAUUGUGUUACCCAUUUUGUCAGUAACAGCGUUUGUCUCCAAUAUGAACACAGUUCAGAUAUAUGGUGGGGUUAUUUACAAACUGUUUGCAAAGGCGACCGUGUCUUAACUUCUUGUGCAGUUUUGAAAGGAGAGUAUUAGCCAGUUACUUGAUCAUAACGUUUUAAAAUCGUGCCUAGGAAUUAAAUUCCAGAACUGGUCAAUUUGGGGGGUCUCUUUUGGGUUUUGUGGGGGUUUCUUUUAAAAAAAGACAUUUCAUUAGGAAACUUUUUUGUUUCCUGUAUUAGUUUAGGUCCAACAAGGAAAUUUUUAAUGGUUUCAAAGCUGCUAACCUAUUUCAUUGCAGGAUAUGAUGUUUAAAAUAUAGCAUUAUGUUAUGGUCUCAGAGGUGGUGUUCUGGUGCUAGGGUUAAAGGUGUGUAUGUAUAUAAUUUCCCUUUUUUAUCUGAAUCUCCAGUUGAAUGUCGUUCAGUAUGGCACAUAGAACAAAAUUAACUUUGGAUUUGACUUUUUUUCUUCCUCAAGGCUAAAACGGAUGCAGCUCAUAGUGUUGUGACCCAACACUGAAUUCUUUUCCUCGCUACUUUAAAACCGUCUCUAAAAAAACCCAUUGAAAACAGACUUGAAAAGUGUCAGAUUUUGUUAAUUAACAUUCAGAGUACUUAGAAGUUCUUUAGGGCAGUGUUCUUAACUGGUACGACGAGUGUCGUCCUGCCUCCUAAUGUGAAAUCUUCCAUAUAGACAUGAAAUUGCACCUUUUAAUCAACCCUUUACAAAAGUCUCUACCAUACUAUAAACAUGCAUUUUCAAUCUGUAAGAAAGUAUAUAUGCAGUAUUUAACCAGAGAAAUAUGCUGCCACUAGAGUUUGGAGGUGGAUCUUCAGUUUACAGUGUAUACAUUUAAAAUAUGCAUCCCUUUAAACAAUGCUUUGUGUUAGCAUGCUGCGAAUCAAAUGGCGCUUAAUAUAACAAGCUGGUCUAGGGCUAUUUAAUGAAAAACCUGUUCAUAAAUGUUAUGCAUAUAAUGUGUAUUUUUUACUUUUUUAGUUGCUUCAUGUUUGCACACAGCUGUUCACAUGAUAAAUUGUAACUUCAUGCUAUAUUGUGGCUUUGUGUUUCAGAACUGUUCAUAUUUUGGUUUUUUGCACCAGACGAGAAUCAGUUCCUUGAGAAUAAAUUUUUUUUAUAUUUCUAAACUUCAGAAAGUUAAAUUUGGGAAAUCUCCUUAGAAAAAUCCGUGUUUUCUGUGGCUGUAAAAACUGAUGUACACGCUGUAAAAUAAGAGUGUCACUGUUAUGUGGGAUUAUGAUUUCUAAAUGUGUUACUCAUCGUAACGGGCAUACAAUAAAACGCAUCUCUUGCACUCCAAA